CGGGGCCGCCGCCGCUUCCCCGCCCGUGGAGCCCGCCCCGCGCCUGCCUUAGCGCGGCGCGCCCGGAGCGCAGCGAGCCGGCAGCGGGGAUGGCGUCUCCGGGAGCCCUGGAGCCGGCGCCCGCCAGCGUCCCGGCCACCAAGCUGGAGCUCACCGUCUCCUGCAGGAACUUGCUGGACGUGGACACCUUCUCCAAGUCUGACCCUGUAGUGGUUCUGUUCAUCCACGGGAGCGGCAGCAAGGAGUGGAGGGAGUUUGGACGCACCGAAGUGAUUGACAACACCCUGAACCCCGACUUCGUCCGCAAGUUCGUCCUUGAUUAUUUCUUUGAGGAGAAGCAGAAUCUGCGCUUUGAUGUCUACAACGUGGACUCCAAGACCUGCAACAUCUCUAAACACGACUUUCUGGGCCAGGCGUUCGUGGCGCUGGGCGAAGUGAUCGGAUCCCAGCGGAGCCGCUUGGAGAGACCCCUGACGGGGGUCCCAGGGAAGAAGUGUGGGACCAUCCUGCUGUCGGCUGAGGAGCUCAGCAACUGCCGGGACAUUGUCACCAUGCAGCUCUGCGCCAACAAGCUGGACAAGAAGGACUUCUUCGGGAAAUCCGACCCCUUCCUUGUCUUCUACCGCAGCAAUGAGGACGGCACGUUCACAAUUUGCCACAAGACAGAAGUGGUGAAAAACACACUCAACCCGGUGUGGCAGCCAUUCUCCAUCCCCGUGCGAGCCUUGUGCAACGGGGACUAUGACAGGACGGUGAAGAUAGACGUGUACGACUGGGACCGGGAUGGAAGCCACGAUUUCAUCGGGGAGUUUGCCACAAGCUACCGGGAGCUUUCCCGCGCUCAGAGCCAGUUCACUGUCUAUGAGGUGUUAAAUCCAAAGAAGAAAUGCAAGAAGAAGAAAUACAUCAACUCCGGAACGGUGACCCUUCUUUCCUUCGCCGUGGAGUCCGAGUUCACCUUUGUGGAUUACAUCCGAGGCGGGACACAGCUGAAUUUCACGGUCGCCAUCGAUUUCACGGCCUCCAAUGGGGUCCCGUCGCAGCCCACCUCCCUGCACUACAUGAGCCCAUACCAGCUGAGCGCCUACGCCAUGGCACUGAAGGCCGUCGGCGAGAUCAUCCAGGACUACGACAGCGACAAGCUCUUCCCCGCGUACGGCUUUGGUGCCAAGGUCCCACCCGACGGCAGCAUUUCCCAUCAGUUCCCCCUGAACAGCGACGUGGAGAACCCGAGCUGUGUGGGGAUCGAUGGCGUCCUGGAGUCCUACUUCCAGAGCCUGCGCACGGUGCAGCUGUACGGGCCCACCAACUUUGCCCCUGUCAUCAACCAGGUGGCCCGCUCGGCUGCCCAGGUGACAGACGGAUCUCAGUACUACAUCCUGCUCAUCGUCACUGAUGGCGUCAUCUCCGACAUGCUCCAGACCAAGGAGGCCAUUGUCAACGCCUCUGCCCUGCCCAUGUCCAUCAUCAUCGUGGGAGUGGGCCCGGCGGAGUUUGAUGCCAUGGAAGAACUGGAUGGAGAUGACGUGCGGGUCUCCUCCAGGGGGCGCUAUGCAGAGCGGGACAUCGUGCAGUUCGUGCCGUUCCGGGAUUACGUGGAUCGCUCCGGGAACCAGGUGCUGAGCAUGGCGCGCCUGGCCAAGGACGUGCUGGCCGAGAUCCCCGAGCAGCUGCUCUCCUACAUGAAGAGUCACGACAUCAAGCCCCGCCCUACCGACCCACAGUAGCUCCUCCUGUGUGCUGCCCAAGCCAGACACCGCUGCUCCUGCCGGGCCUGAGACCGCACCCCUCCAGCAUGCAUCCACCAGAGCCGGGCUGGCUGUCGCCCCCUGGAUGCAGCCCCCGGAGGCUGGCUCGGCCCCGCGGGGCUGGGACUGCGCCUCCGUCGGCCAGGAGGGCAGCUGCCCCAGGAACGGCCCUUCCCGUGGCUGGGCUCCCUUCCCUGCCAGCUGCAGGCAGCCCAGGGGCCUGGGAGCACGGUGAGGUCAGAGGUGUUCAGCAGUGUCUCGUCAGCCCCCCAGCCCAGUAAGGGGCGCGGAGCCCUGCUCUGUCCAGACGCUGACAAUAAAGCUUUAUAGGCGCCCUGG